AUGGCCGAAGCAUUGCAUUCCUUCCCGCAUCCCACCUCUGCCGAGUAUGAGGAGAAGAUACUGUACCUCGUGGAAACACAAGAUAGGCGCGUCAGACACCCACCGAAUGCCUUCAUCUGCUUCCGUAAGUGGUACAACGCCUAUGUCCGGGAAUUAGGGGAGGCCGCUGGGAGCAAACGGGAGCACCAGAAUACAGUCUCCACCCAGGCUGGGCGCGUGUGGCAGGAACUUGCGACAGUCGAGGACAGACUCUGCUGGGAACGCAUAGCGAGCGAUGUUCGGUCCCUGCACCAACUGCUUCAUCCCGAAUGGUGGACUCCUGAGCACCAGGCCAUGUUAAAGCAGAAGAAGAAGGCGGAUAGACAAGAGAAGGCGGAGAAGACGGGGAAGGCGAAGAUGGCGAAGAUGGCGAAGAUGGCGGAGAAGGCAGAGCAGAUGGGAAAGACAAGAAGGGUGGACAGAGCGAAACCGGCGCACUAUCCCAUGACGCCGUAUGAGAGGGACCACCGCCCGUUCCCAGCAGACUUCGCGACAUCCUCGGCAUCAACAUCAUCUUGUAGCUACUUCGAUAGCUAUGACUCAAACCCGUCGCCGCCCAAGACGCCAUCAUCAACGUCGUUGUCGUCCUCGCGUUCAUCCCCACAAAUGCCUACAUACCCGCCUCCGCCUCCGGGCCUAUUUUUCGCGACCGUGCCAGAUGCUAUGUCAUGGGCCGGAGGGGACUCGAUCUCGGGGUUCGUACCGUUCUGCAGUCACCAGCCCUCGUGGAACGCGACCGAGAACCAGUCGCCCCCAAACGCGCCCAUGCAAUUCUCCCUCAGCUGGUGGUUGUCUCCGAACCAACCCUCCUGCGUCCCUCAGACCUUCCCCCCUCCUCAGGAUGGAGUUGUGUGGUUAUGA